GGUCGUUCUCUACAGUAUGCGCUCUGAUUCAGUACUCCAGUAUGCUGCGUUCAAUAUUACUGGCAAAGGCAUAUGAAUCUGUAACGAUAACUUGUACUUUUCUCGUCGUCCGAUGUCUCUUCGUCGAUCCGUGGUAUAUAUAAAAGUUCUUCUCACAACCAUCGUGACCUGUCCUGUGCUCGGGAUUAUAGAAAUAGUUGAUCUUUGAUACAUCCACUGUAGUAUUCUACACUCGGGCGGCACAGGCAUGCCAGCGUCUUCAAUCGUCGUCAUUCACAGAAAUCUGGUAAACCAAAGCUCGCUCAUCUUAUGUUGCUAGAAGUGCAGGUUCCUUCUCAUCGACCAAAUUCAUGUUGUAUGUUGCUCUGCACCUACUGACGCAUGUAGUUCCACGCAUGGAUUUCGACCCGUGCGCGGAAACACAAAGACUAUCGUUACGUCCGAGCGUUUGCUACUGCUGUAAACCAAGACCAACGUGCCCAAGUAAGAUCAGAUUCGCAGGUUGGUUGUCAAUGACCUUGGAUCAUACCUUGUGUGACAUUCUCUUUCACCUGACUCGUGGUUUUCUGGGCUUUCAUGAUGGUGGCUCACGUGGUUAUUUGAAUUUCAUACGUAGUCGCUUUGGACUGUGAGAGAAAGAAACCAUUAUAAAAUCUCAACGAUGGGGCAUGGUUUUGCAGAGCAUUAUCCAUUUCAUACGAGAUUUUAUCACGUGGCAUGACUAAUCAUC